AUAACGCGCCGCCCACAUACGUCAUUGGCGCAAGAGACAACUUUUGAACCUUGGCGCUGUGCGAAUUAAAAAAAUUACGCGACCCCUGGGCCGUCCGCGAAUUGCACGACGGAUCCCCCUGUUUUUGUUUGCGUGCUACCCUCUCACGGCGCGGCAGCGCAAAACUGUCCCUCGCCAACGAUAACUUCCUUGGUCAAGAAUGAUCGCCGCCAUUUUGUAAUGUAUUAUGUUUAUAUCCGUUUUGAGUGAGCAGGGAGAUGGUGCAUAGUGUCGAAGCAUAAUUUGCUAGACGCGGAUUCAAUAAUGGUUGUUGUGCCAACCUUCGGGUUAAAACUACACGCCGAAUCAUCAAAUUACUGAACGAUCUACGGUGAAUGUCUAAUUGAAAUCAGCAUGUCCCAGCAGACGGACAAAGGUUCGAUUGCAUUGUCGCCUGUUUUCCAGAAGCUUAGCUCUCCAACAUCGCCAAAGAGCAAAAAGUUCUUGGUGCCUGGUCUGGAGGGGGACAGGCCUGGAGUUGAUGGUCAUCCAAUAAUUGGCCAGUGUGGCAAUACGGACUGGUCAAAACUAUUCCUACAUCCAACUGAAGACACCGAGCCAGAUGAGCAGCCAUCGACAGUUGACAUGUCUGCUUUUAAGGGCUCCCCAUCUACUACAAAAGUUCCUUACACUUUGAGUGAACCCUGGAAUUCCAAUGGUGGAGAUAGAGAUGGAAAUGAAAGCGAUAGCGGCGAGCAAAGUGAUAACGAGUCAUCUGGGAGCAGUUCUGACUGUGGAGACGACAGCGGAUCCAUUGCAGAUGGAUCGGCAAGCAGUUCGAGUUCAUCAGACGACGGUGAAUCUUCUGACAGAGACGAUGACAGUGAUGUUUGUGACACCAAAAGUAAUUGUUCGUCAUCUUCCGGCUCUGAUUCGUCGUACACAACUUGCAGCAGACCAGCCUCUCCUGUUGAUCCGCCACAACAGGUGUUCUCCAUCCGAGAAACCAAUUUUGAGCAGGGCGGCUUAAAGUUGAAAAUCUCAACUACCUCGGCUCGUCAGGGCGAGCAGAAGGGCUCUGCAUUGAAAGAGCCACAGAAAAGUGCUCCAACAAAAGAGCCAUCGCCACCUGCACAAGCGACGCAGGCCAAAAGUGAUAACAAUCAAGCAGCUACUCAGGAAAAGAAGCAGGUGAUCCCGAACCCCAGGAUAUCUCGACUCAGGCCACGCAAGAAGGAAGAAACUAAGGGUGUGUCAGCUAGCACCUCACAAACGCAGCAGCAAUCUCAGAGGCCAGUUGGAAAGAGGGGACAAGAGCCAGUGUCCCAGGCAUCCUCGUCUUCAGCACGCUCCUCGCAACCGGAGGCAGCAAUAUCUCAGCUGGCACACGAGCUCUCUGGCGAUGCCCUUCAGGAGAUUAAUCAAGAAGACUUAGCUGCUAUUCUACCGGACGUCUCUGCGUCUGAAGGGCCAAAUGAAGACGUGGCUGGGCCACCUUUUGGCUUCGAAGAUGUGUCAAGCCUGGCCGCAAAGUCAGCAGAGAUCAGUGCUGUGCAAAAUUCUGUUGCUCACGAUUCGUCAGACAGCGAGUCUAGUAGCGAAGACAACGAGCUUCUGCCCGAGACUGUAGUCAGUGCAGCUAUCCAGAGGAUAGACGUUGACGACGACAGUACCUCUUGCACAGAUGGCGGUCGUAGAAGUCGCGUCAGGGCUGACAGCUACUCAAGUGAUGACGAAGAUGAAGGCAGUGACGUCGACACCAAGAGUCCUCACACUGGUGCUCGCAUGUACUCGUCACGCCUCCUGCAGCAAUUCGAGCAGAAUCUUUUGUCCCAAAGUGACAAGAAGGAAAACAAUAGUGCAACAUCAACCAAGGCAAAAUCGGAACAGGUUGAAUCAACUUCCUCCAAACAGAAACGGUCCAAAGGCAAGAAGGAGGGAGCUGCCGAAGACACAAAGAAUUCGGUCGAGAUGGAUCCGUACAUCCCCCUGGACUGCUGUGAAUCUAAUGUUUCUCCAGACAGCGGCAUUCAGUCAGUUGCUGGCUCUCCAGUGCACCAGUCAUGCUCGCCAGCCUCCAAUCAGGCCCACGCGUCACCCAACCACCCUUCAUCUCAACCCAACUACCUCCCUCCUGUGAAAGAAUUGUCUCCUCCGUGUGAGGCAAAGAAAAGGCCAGGGAGGCCGUCAAAAGCUGAGAAGAAGACCAGAGGUCGGCCAAAGAAGUCCGUCAGUGAGUCGGCACCAACAAUCAAAGCCAGUACAGACGUCGAGUCGCCAAAUGGUCAAGCCCGCCGAGGACCAGGUCGACCCAAAAAGACUGAAGAUGGAGGGUUGGCUUCGAAAAAGCAACAGGUUGCGCCGACAACCAAAGCAAAGACCGACUCGCCAGAAGUGCUGUCACAGAAGCGUGUGGCCAAAGUGAGUGAGAGCAAAGUAAGGACGGUGAAGAAGUCGAGUGACAAGAAGACUGAUGAGAAGUUGGAAAAGUGCGGGAAAGAUAACAUACCCAGGAAGAGGAGGUGGAGACAGAAAAAUGUGAAGGCGCUUACGAUUCCGUUCGCCAUCGAAGGUGCUCUUCCUGAAACUCUGCCUCUGUCACUGACGUUCAAGAAAAGAUCAAAGAGCGGCAGGAAGCACAAGAAACUUCAGUCUUUGAAAAGCAAGCGCAGUAAACACGGACACAAAGCUGGUAGAGGUGGAGACCAACCAAAGAAGAACAGUCUCAACAAGACCAAAAAGAACAUUGCAUUUAAGAGAAAAAAGAAUGUUCGUGGCACCGAGACCAAACGGGAGGACCCAAGCUACCUUACACAGCUGGGGGAACUUGUUUUGUCCCUAGCAAAGUGUACUAUAUCAAAGAAUUUGGUGUUGCCAGCCCCUGGAGAAAACAGACUUCCUUCGAUAUUUCGAGUAAAGAAAUUGGUGAAGAAAAGAAAGGUUGUUGAAAAGAAGGAGAAGAUCAGCGACAAGGAUUCUGAAAAUGAAGUACCUCCGCCAAAGUCGCCACAUUCGACAACAAAGGAAAAGGUGAAGAGGAAGGCAAAGAAAAGUGCUGUUGAGAUACCAAAGAGAGCGGAGCCCAAUGAGCAGAGGCUUCCUUUGAAGAAGCGUCACUAUCACCUGCCUAGUCAAGUGCCAAACGUAGAUUCAACGCAAGAGCCAACCACUUCACCAACAAGCAACGCAAAGACUUGUCAGGCCGCCUCUCAAACUGUGUUAACAAAAGUAGAGAAAACUUCAUCAAAUUCAAAGACCAGCAGGAACUCUAUUGAUGAUGCAAUUGAGUCUUGUAUAUCAAGGUACAAACCUUCGGCCACAAAUGACGAGGAACUUGACACACCCUUGAGUGAAAUGAAGAAAAAGAGUAAAGUGGAGGUACCUGCAAAAAAGGUGCCUACAACCACCCCAGUGGCGCUCUUGUCAAAAAGAGCUGCUGCUCUAAAAGCCACAAAUCAAAUCACAGCCACCAUCACAAACACACCUAACGCAGAAGAGAAGGAAAAGCCUGUUGAUGUAACAGUAGUAAAAAGUGAGAAGGAAGACGUUGAUAUGGAUGAUGUGCCACUGAAAGACUUAAUCAAUAAGACCAAGACUAAGAAACUUUCAGUUGGAACUCCGAAAGUGGCACUGACAAAACUACUGGACCAGGAUCUGCUGCUGAAAAAGGCGGUAAAUGCUGUGAAAAAGAAGGCUAAAAGGAGAAAGGCAAUCAACAGGACAGGCUUUCCUGUUAAAAAGAAAAAGAAGCCAAAGAAACAGCUAGAUGAGAAACCUGAUCUUCCGAAACCAAUUGUCGAAAUUAAGAAAGAACAGCCAGCCCCAGAAGCCACAAAAGAAACAAAAGCUAAGCAGGCCGAUCAACAGACUUCCAAGAAAACUUCAAACAAACGAAAAGUAUCAGUUUGUGUGACUGAAAACAUUCCCCUCAGCCAGCGGGCGGCCAAACGCCAGAAAAUCUCUUUGUCAAAGGACGACGACAAUGCUGAUGUUGUUGCCGAUUCUGAAUUGCAAGAUCCGGAAGGCAAGGGAAAGCCGCAGCCGCGCUGGAGGAAAAAGUACCUGACGGCAGGUCUCUUCUCUAACUUUUUCAAAGAAGAUGAGCCAAGGAAGACAACACCUGCAGAGCUAUCGAAAGCCCGAAACGGGGUGUACAAGAAGGAGGAACACAAGUACGGACUUCUUCCCCCUCCGUUUGACAGUGAAAAGUUUGUCCGCCAACGGAGGGUGGACUUUGAGUUGCCGUAUGACUUGUGGUGGCAACAUGAACACAACAAACUGCCUGGAAGGGCUUCUGAGGUGCCGUCGUGGAAUUACAAGAAGAUCCGCACUAACAUCUACUAUGACAUGAAAGUGCCCCACAUGUAUGAGGCGCAUCAGGCGUGCAACUGCAAGGCACCAGAGAAGCCGGAAGAGGUUGGAUGUGGUGACGAUUGCAUCAACAAGCUUGUCUACUCCGAGUGCAUCGCCAGAUUGUGUCCUUGCAAAGAGAAGUGCUCCAACCAAAAGAUUCAGAAGCACGAGUGGGCCCCUGGAGUUGAGAAAUUCAUGACCAAGGAGAAAGGUUGGGGUGUGCGAACUAAGAAGACAAUCAAGAACGGCGAUUUCAUUAUGGAGUAUGUGGGUGAGGUGGUGAGCGAAAAGGAGUUCAAGAACCGCAUGGAGACCCGAUAUGCCAAUGACACGCACCACUAUUGCCUGCACCUUGACGGUGGACUGGUGAUUGAUGGCCAUCGAAUGGGUGGCGAGUGUCGUUUUGUAAAUCACUCAUGUGAGCCAAACUGUGAGAUGCAGAAAUGGUCUGUGAACGGCCUGUUCAGGAUGGCCCUGUUUGCUUUGCGAGACAUUGAGGCUGGCGAAGAGCUCGGGUACGACUAUAACUUCUCACUUUUCAACGCUGCAGAAGGCCAGCCCUGCAAGUGCGGCAGUGAAAACUGCCGAGGGGUGAUUGGAGGCAAGUACCAGAGGGUGAAUCCCCUCCUGGGUGACCGCAAGUGUCGGCUGAAGAAGGACUCGCGGAAGAACAAACGCAAGCUGCGAAGAAAUGGCAAACUGAAUGACACGCAAAUCCGCAACCAGUUGUUCGCCCCGAUGAAGCCCAUGUCACACCAGCAGCGUUGUUUUGCGCAGGAGCACCACUGCUUCCUGCUGAGGAAUCUUGAAAAGCUGAAGCGUUUCCGGGAGAAGCUGAAAAAGCACGCCACCGAGCAGCAGGAGGCGUCAAACGCUGUCAACAGAGCCACUCCCGCCUCCAGCAAGGCUGACGUUUUUCUUGCCCAGCUUAACGCUCUCUCAACACCGCGCUCUGUCCGCACAAGACGACUCGCCCAGGCCGAGGACAACCCUGAGCUGAACAAGGUUGCCAGACUGGCCUACACAUUCAAGGACCUCUACAUGGUGGUGACCACUGCCAAGGAUGAAGUUGGUGAGCUGCUCUGUCAGCCCUUUUUGACUUUGCCCUCUAAGAAAAAGGCGCCUCUCUACUUUGAGAGGGUGCAGGAGCCCAUUGACCUGACCAUGAUUGAAAAGAACAUCACUAGUGGGACGUACACGACCGUCGAGGCUUUCGACCAGGACUUUGGCCGCCUCUUCACCAAUAACAUUGUGUUCCACGGCAGGACGUCCAAACUGGGCAUCAUGGCCGCUAGACUGAGAAAAUCUUAUAACGGCGCAAAACAGUCAAUUCUGUCACAGCUUGAGGAUAUUCUCGGGGAGAUGCCACCUACCUCGUUCUACUCAGAGAAAAAGAAUACUCCUGGAAACAAACUGCAAGCUGGUGCCAAGAAAGUAGUUGUUGACGGUGAAGAAGAUGUGAUCCGCUGCAUUUGCGGCCUGUUCAUGGACGAGGGUCUCAUGAUCCAGUGUGAACGGUGCCUUGUCUGGCAGCACGGCGACUGCGUCAAGGCUGACAGCUCGGUCGAGCACUAUCUAUGCGAGCAGUGCAGUCCAAGGCCUGUCACCAGAGACAUUUUAAUGCACCCCAUCCCCGAGUAUGCUGAAGACGGUCAAACGUAUUUCAUCUCUUUGAUGAGGGAGGAGUUGCAACUUAGAAUUGGUGAUACAGUUUAUGUUUUGAGGGACAUUGACCGUGACGACAUCACUGACCCGUCUAUGCCGCCUCAAAAGCACACAUACAAAACUCUGAAAAAUGCCAUGCCUGAGGACUGUGACAUUUUCAGGAUUGAGAGACUUUUCAUUGAAGAUGGAAAAAGGUUUGCAUUUGGACAUCACUACCUGCGUCCGCAUGAAACCUUCCAUGAACCGUCGCGCCGCUUCUUCCCGAAUGAGGUGAUGAGAGUCCCUCUGUAUGAGAAGGUGUCCUUUGACCUCAUCUUGGACCAGUGCUGGGUGCUGGACUUGGCCACCUACUGCAAAGGUCGGCCCAUCGGUGCCAAGGAGGAGCACGUCUACAUCUGCGAGUUCCGAGUUGACAAAACUGCCCACCUGUUUGCCAAACUGCCUGCCAAAACUGCCAAACAAAGCGUUUGCCACAUUUCCAUGAAGUCUUAUGCGUUUGAGUCGUUCGAGGCCAAACUCAAACCAGUCAGAUCCUACACGCCUCAUCCAACUGACAGUGCAGCCCCGAGAUCCAAAAGCAAGGGUCGCGAUGAGGACGGUGGUAGCAGGGCAGAUCAUCCAAAGCCUAGUCAGAGAAGGAUUUCGACGCAAAUAACUACAAUCAAAGUCUCUCCUGCUGUGAAGAGAGCUAACCAGAUUGAUCGACUGAAUGGAGUGCUUUUGAAGCUGUUGGACAAGCAGCAGUGCAAGCAGCCCCUGGACGUGUCCUAUUUGCUGGAACAGAGCAAGAGGCAGCGCAAAAAACCGACACCCUUGCAGAGUUCUUGAGGAAGACGGAAGCGGGUCUGUGGCUGCUGUGAGGGACAACCGUUCACUUACUUGGCCACGACCAGCAGCUCCGUCACCGCCUCUACCAGCCGUCCUUCCACCCGACGCAGGAGCAGAAAAAACUUUAAACCGGUUAAGUCGAGUGUUUCUUCGGAAGCCCUCAAGUGUAAAUUUUGAGACAACACGCUGUGAUAUUUCAAUCGGAAGGAACCCCCCCUCGCAAUGAAGAAGAAGAUGAAGAAAUAAGCAAGUUUGGCCGUUUCCUCUCUUUCAUGCUAAUGAUAAUUAACUAAUCUAUUGUUUUGACUAAGACGAAAUCCACAAAUCAAUUGCAGCAUUACUCUGGAAUCACAAAAGCCCUUUGGCAGCAUUUCUUAAACAAGUACCUUCUGGCAGCAACUAAUUCCCACUUGUGCUGUAUCUCUAAUGCAAGUUUGUUAAUUUUAAACGUUGAAUGAUUGUUCCUGACUACUACUUGCCUUCGGAGGAAGGUGGAUUUCGCUGCCAAAUUUUGAGUUCGAAAAGAUGAAAUUUGCCGGCCAUUACACUGUGGCAAUGUUGUCAAUAAUUUGACUUUUUGGUGAACCAGUACAAAGUAAAAUGGAAAAAUUAAGAAAGUGGUUGAGUCAUUUUCGAAGCUAAAAUUCCAGGAAAUUAUAUUUUUAUGCUAGUCACUAAUGGAUGGUGAAUAUUUUUCAUGCAGUUAAAUAGCCGGCACAUGUAGUUGUUGGAGGCGCAGAGCAAGUAGGGAAAUUUUAAUCUCAUAAUUAAAAUUCAUUGCAAGGCUGAGGAAUUAAACUAGCAUAUAUUUAAAGAAGUCAUUUGGCAUUUUUACAAGUAAGAGGAAGAGUUGAUUGAUUAAACGGAGUUGAUAUUUGGUCGAGGUAAUAUGUAAAUAAAAGAAAUAAGUGAGCAAGAACAGUAUUUAAUACACAAUUUAAAGUUGUUUGUCCGACUAGCAGCGAACUUUAAUUAAUUUACCUCGUCGUAGCUUCUUGGUCAGGGGAGCGGCCUCCCCUACUUAAUUAAUUUGUUCUCCUAUAAAGAAUUCACGUCUUUGUUAUAAUUAUUGUUUUGGUUCAAACCAAGUGAAUUAUAAACUCACGCUUGUUUUCUAAUGUUAAGAACCCCGGACUAUUUAAUUUAAAACCGAAAAUUGAACUCCAGCUGUUAUUAUUAAUUCCUAGGCGGCUUCUCUCUGUCCGGCAGCGCCGUUUCUUUUGCUUAUGAUCUUUCAGUAGCUAAUCUCAGUCAGACGAUAGCAACCGUUCCAUGUUAUCCGUAGUCUGUCUCUUUGUGAGUGAACUUUUUUUCUUGAAUCGUAGUUGCGCACGCAGAUUGAUAUGAAAUUAAUGUUGAUUUUCGUCUUGUGCACGUCCAAGCUCAAUUCGUUAAUUAUUGCAGUACAAUUAUUUAAGGUAAUUAUCUCUUUGCGUUGGCUUUAUGACAAAUUUUUAAAACCGCUCCACCUCUGUCCGUCGAUUCUUACUUUGGUUUUCGCACACACACUCUCUCCUUGAGCUCAAUGAGCUUGAUUAUUUGUUUUUAACAUGAGCACCAGAAUGAUUGAUUUUAACAUGACUUAGGUGGAUGUUUUGAGACUUUGUCUGUGCCAUUCGGUUUCUGUUUUUAAAACAAGCAAACAGCGUGCUUUGGAGCAUUGAUCUGUUUUUAUAUUGAAUUGCCAAAUUCGAACUUUUGUCAGACUUUUAAUUUGUACAUCACUAACUUUGUAACCUUUAAUAAAAUUAUCGCUCAAAAAUUAUGUUGUU